AUGUCCGACGCGUUGAAGAAACUGCCCGUGGCGGUCGACUACGUCUUCUUUUGUGCUUAUGUCGCUCACACACACCCGGCCGAGACGCCCACGAUCAAUGUCGCGAUGCUGCAGAACUUCCUCGACGCACUCGGCUCCAGUGGGGUGGCCAAGACGCUGAAGCGCAUCAUCCUGGUGAACCCAGUGCCCAAACAGUACGGCGUGCACCUGGGCCAGCCCAAGAAUCUCAUGCACAAGAGGGAUCCGCGGUUGGAAGGCGAACCGUGGCCGCGCAACUUCUACUACGAGUAA